GGUCCCAGUCUCAGCUCGUGCUAGAUAUGUGGUGUGCAUAUAACUAGCGCAAAGUACUAUGCUGUGAAAACUAUUUUCCUUUAAAAAACGCUAUAGGUGACAAUCCACCUUUUCAUAAUGCAAACAUAUUAACAAGGAAUUCCCCCUUAAGCCUCUUCAACAUAUUUCAAGCUCUCCGAUUGGUCAGCAGCCGCCCCGCCCUCGACCAAUCACAGCGUGACUUUGCAACCCCUUGAAGUGGCAUUUUUUAUCAGUCUAGAGUUGACUGUAGCUGGGAGCGCUCAUGUUUUGAGUUGUGUGGAGUUUAGUGGAGUGUGGUGAAUUAUCAGUUUUUAUGCCAACCGUGACGAAGAGUGGUUUAUUAACAGCGAACCAGAACGCAAUGGCGUCGGACCAAGAAUCGUGCUCCGACGAAGAACCAGAUAGUGAAAUGCUGAGCGACGAUCUCUGUCUACCUGAUAGCGACGAUGAUCGACAGAACCUCCCUGUCCAGAGUCUGCACGAAGACCUGCCGCCACUCAACUCCUGUUUACUCCGACCUCCUCGCAAACUCUUCACAAACUGCCGAGAACGUUGGCGUCAGCAAAAUGUCAGCGGGGCCUUCGCUGAGCUCCGUCGUCUUGUACCAACCCAUCCACCUGACAAGAAGCUGUCUAAGAAUGAGAUCCUACGAAUGGCUAUCAGGUACAUCGGUCUCCUCUGUGAAGUCCUGGAAUGGCAGAAGAACCACGGCCUCACCAACAAGGAGAACGCCCUCGCCAUCAAAUGCGAGUCCCCCCUCAGCCCGCACGCCCGCCGCCUGCGCCUCAAGCGCCCCUACUUCGAAGACGAAGGCCCCAGGCCCAAGGUCUUCAUCGAGGAAGCUACCAAAUAUGGAAACGAAGAGAAUGAGGAAAGAAGAACACAAAGAACCUUCUGCAUGAAGACUGAGUAUGUCUUCGGAAAGGAGCAUCUUCGCGUGUUGAGGAACCAUUAUUACCCCCCAAGAUGGCGGCAGAAUGUUCCGUUCAGGAAUUUGACGCCGGACAAGAAUGGGAAUAAUUUGCUGAUGAUCGCGCCGCAGAAUGGGAAAGAGGAGAAGUUUAAGGAUGAUGAUGGGAAGGAGGGGAAGUAAGAGGGUAGUUUUGAGGAAAAAAAUACCCGUGAAGUAUUGAGUAGGUAUAUAGCUUUACUGGGGGAGUGUGAAGUACUACUAAAAUUGAUGUCAUCAUUAGGUACAUACGGUUAAUAAUUGUUAAGAGGGUAUUUUUAAUAGCGAUAACAACUUUUGUUUCAAUUUACGACUUUGUAUCAACAUUUUGGAUCUUCUUCAGUAAAAAAGUGUUUCUCUUUAUUGAAAUAGCCGAUAUUCAAUACAUUUAUUAUUAUUUGUUCAAAUAAGAAUAAGAAGUAAGUACUAGUGAUUAUUAAUAAGCAGUUGGAUUUAAAUUUUUUAUUGCUGUGAUCUGUGUUAGGCUUAGAUAAUGAUUAAGUAUUAUAUUAAUAGGUAGUUACUUAAUUUCAAAUUAGUUUGCACUUACUGAUCCUAUCUUACCUAUAAUUUAUUUUGACGAUUUUAUUUUCACAACCAAGAUGUUCCAUCAGACAACAUAUCAUUAUAAUUGUUUAAUUGUAAUUAAGCAUUUUAUACUGUGCUAAAGAGCAAGCGGUGUACUUUCGUAGGAAAAUCACCAUUGCAAACUAAAAGUUUAUUUAGGUUGGUUGCCAACCAAUGGGUUUACUUUUUGUGCAUGUUUACAAUUACAUAAACAUAAUGUUAAUAAAAUGAAUAUCCUAAAUAUCUGA